UUUUAUAAUUUUUUUUAAAGAUCGGGAUCGGCAUUUCGCUUUGUUUAUACCAGAGGUGUCGAGAGAAUCGGCUUCAUCGGGCAACUCAAUUUUCUCAAGGAAAUGGUAUCAGAAAAGACGAAAAACAUUGAAGAUAUCUGAUUCUACAAUGGAGGAAGAUAAAAGAGAAGAACAGUUAAUUUUGAUGGGAGAACAGAAAGCUUAUUCCUCUGAAUCACUUAUUCAAUGUGAUGGUCAAAAUUUAAGCAGUUAUAGUGCUAAUGACAUUCAAACGGAGAAUUUAAUGAAGCACACCAGUACUCCAGCAAGUCAAAAGCUUCUGGAAUGUAACCUCUGUAGGAAAACGUUCAGAUGUUCAAUUUCCCUACAAAGACACAUGAGGACACAUACAGGUGAUAAACCUUAUAAGUGUGAUGUUUGUUGGAAAGAAUUCAGAAAAAUAGGUAUCUUGAAUGUACACAAAAAGACACAUACAGGUGAUAAACCUCAUAAUUGUGAUCUAUGUGGGAAGGCUUUCUUCUACCUGUUUCAAUUAAAGACACAUAUGAGGAUACACACAGGUGAAAUCCCAUAUAAAUGUAAUGUAUGUUCGAAGAUGUUCAACCACUCAAAUCAGUUACAGAGUCACAUGAGAAGCCAUACAGAUGAUAGACCUUAUAAAUGUGAUAUGUGUGGAAAGGCAUUCAAAUGGUCAAGUGACUUACAGAGUCACACGAGGAUACAUACAGGUGACACACCAUAUAAAUGUGAUGUAUGCGGGAAGACAUUCAAGCAGUUACCACACAUAAAGAGUCACAUGAGGGUGCAUACAGGUGAUAAACCUUACAAAUGUGAUGUGUGUGGGAAGGCAUUCAGCCAUUCAAAUACCCUAAAGGAUCACAUGAGGACACAUACAGGUGACAGGCCUUAUAAAUGUGAAGUCUGUGAAAAGGCUUUCACUUCAUCAGGAAGCUUACGGUGUCAUAUGAGGACACAUACAGGUGUUAAACCUCAUAAUUGUGAUCUAUGUGGGAAGGCUUUCUACACCUUGUGUCAAUUACAGACACACAUGAGAACACACACAGGCGAAACCCCAUAUAGAUGUAAUGUAUGUUCAAAAGCAUUCACACGCUCAUAUUACUUAAAGAAUCACAUGAGAAUACAUACAGGUGAAAAACCUUAUAAAUGUGAUGUGUGUGGAAAGGCAACCUAUAGAUCAUUUGACUUAAAAGUACACAUGAGAACUCACACAGGUGAAAAACCUUACAAAUGUGAUGUGUGUGGGAAGGCAUUCAAAAAAUCACAGUCCUUACACAAACAUAUAAAUCUACAUAUAUCUAAAAAAACCUGACGUGUGAUGUGGUUUGGAAGGCAUACUACAGAUUUGGAAAGAAACUUAUAUAGACAAAUAGGGACACAAAUUGGUGAUAAAUCAAAUAAAUCAUGUGAUGUGUGAGAGGCACCAUACAGGAAAUUUAAAAUACAUAAAAAGACUUUUUGAAUGUGAUAUGUAAAACUUUGUGAAUGUGAUGUGUAUGGGAAGGCAUUCGAUUGGCAAGAUAACUUAUAAGGAGACAUGAAUAUUCAUACACAUGAUACAGGUGAUAAGCUUAAAUUGCAAUGUCUGUGGAAGGGCAUCCAAUCGCGCUCAAGCUUACAGAGUAAGUUAGAGACAUGUACAGGCAGUAAACCUCAUCAGUGUGGUGUGUGUGGUAAAUUAUUCUCUUUA